UCAACGUUUUAUCAAUUCUCUUUAACAAUGAAAUAUUUUGUCUCGAUUAUUGCAGUAUUGAUCUUUCAGUCCAUUCGCUUUUCGUUUGCUUGUUACGGAUGCGACAUAGAUAUAUUGGAAUUGGAAAGUGGCCUGGCAAAUAAUGUUAAAUUUGAAAAGGAUUUUCAAUUCGAGUUGAGUGACGAUUGUAAACCGAUUGCUACCACUAACCUGACCAUGGACAGGAUUUACACCACAGCAUCGAUAUCACUUAAAUUUAAAAGUGAUUCUAUGGACUUGUAUACGCUAAAGAAUAAGGAUUUAUGCAAAUAUUUGUCAGAUUUUAACAUUAACGUGGAGUGCCCUGCAGUGGAAACUGGACGCAAACUUGUUAACUUUGGCGAAAAAGCCGACAUCUCCGAUUAUGGUCCGUUUCUGCCAUUUUUUCUCGGAAAUUUUACUAUAUUGCUCAAGGUUUGCUACGAUGGAGACGAAAACAAUCCAGAUGUAUUUAAGAUCGUUAUUAAGAUCAGAUUGAGAGAUUGAGAUUGAGUCAUUGUCAUUUUUUUUGACUGAAAAUUGUGUUAGAACUUAGUUUGUCAAAUAUUAUGGUCGUUCAAAGGUAUUUUUAUUUUGUUACCUAUGUGAAAACAAUGCACAAUACGUAAAACAACUCAAAUGGCGUCUUGUUUUCGACUAAUGUUACCCUGUUUUGUGACGAAAGCGAGGAAAGUUAAGAUAUAUUCAACCGAUGCUAAUAAUUUCAGGACAAACAAAUUAUCGUGAAAUUCAAAUCCGUCCUGUCGUGUCGUAAUUUUUCAUCCCCUAUCGGCAGAGACUACUUUAGAGAAAAUAUCUUGAAAUUUCUAGAAUUUUAAUGAAAAGGCUUUUCGUGAAUUUGCUCAAAAUCAAGAAAAUUCAAGAAACUCUCUGCCUAUCAGUUAAUAACUUUAUCUCCUGCAAGCUGAUAUUUCAUACAUUCGGCGUUUCUGCAUAUAAACACAAACACAUACAUAACCACAGCCUAUACGAUUGGAUAAUUCACACAUAACCCACCUAGGGUAAAUUUACUUUCCAUCUACAUAUUUGAAAAAAAAAAUCGCCUAAUGGCGGAAGCGAACGCGGGACCAGCAGCAUGUCAACCAAACAUGCUGACCACUACGCCAACAAAUCACAUAACGCGACGCAAUUGGUG